AUGGAAGAAGUCAAAACAUGUGCUAGAUAUUAUCUAAAGAACCCAACAACUAAAGACGCGACACAGAAGAAUGACGUUUCAGAUGUUGUUUUCGAAUAUACUCCUUUCAUUAUUAAUGAGAUAGAUAAAUUAACACGAACAAGCGAAAAAAACUUACCCAGAUGCAAUUUUUGUGGUGCUUAUGCAAAUUGUUAUAAUAAAUAUGAUGGAAGUUCAAUGGAAUGUUGUAUAUGCAACCAUAAAAGUCAGAUUAAUGCGUUAAAUAGAUUAAAUCUCGAAUACAUGCAACCAAUAUACUUUGCUGCAUCAAGCUAUAAUGAAUCUGAUGAAAAUAGUUUCAUUGCUACAGAAUAUAUCAUCUCAUCUCUCUCAUUAUUAUCAAAUCAAUCAUUUCUUUCUACAAUAUCAUCGAUAACAAAUCAAUCUUCAACAUUUAAACACUAUGGUUUCGCGAUUUUUCACGGAUCUAUUUCAUAUCUUGAAUUUGGAAAAGAAUUGAAUAUUAAAACAGUUUCAAACGAUAUGCCCAAAUUACAAACAGAUAAUCUUUAUUGUCCAUCACUUGUUUUCUCAGAUAAUCUUAAAAAAGCUACAGAAUUCUUUUCAAAAAUCAUCAACAACCGCAGUACGGAUGCAUCGUUUAUAUUGAAAGUCGUUAAAAAACUAUCACAUCUUCGUUCUUCAACAAUAAAUAUAUUUUUGGAUGAAAACGAUUUUAAUUCAUUAUCAAACGACUUUGAUUAUCAUUCUUUAAGUGAUGAACUGAUUAAAUACAGAAUUCGUAUAAAUCUUCUUGUUUUUUCACAAAAAAUUUCAAAAAUUCAUCCAAUUUUUGAAAUUCCGAUUAGCACAGGAGGAAAAUUCAAGAUUUCUCAACCAUCAGAAAUAAAUAAUAUAGAAACAUUGAUUAGAAGCAUAGUUGAUCAAAAUGUUUCAUAUAAUUCUUUUAUUGCGAUAAAAACAAGUGGAGACUUGAAUUGUAUAUCAGGACAUGGAUUUACUCAUGGACGAGGAGCUCAUAAUUGCGGAAUUGUUUCAUUUGGAGAGCAUUUUUAUUUUGAUUGCAGUAUUCCAAACAUUUAUAACCAAUAUGUCCAAUUUAACUUUUUGUAUACGAGUGUUCUUUCAUUUAGUCGUCUUUGUGUUGUAACAGUUCAUGUUGUUAACUUGGAUUACUCAAGAGAAGUUUUAGAUAGAUAUUUGUUUAAUUCUUUGUUCCUAGAAAUCAGUCAUUUCGAAGAGAACAGCCAGAGAAUAUUGAAGGAGUUCGAAAAAAGAUGGAAUAUAAGCAGUUCGGAAACAAAAUCAUGGCUUUCUAAUAUACUUAUUUUGCAUUUUGGGAUUGAAUCUCAAAAUUCAAAUGAAAUUGAAUUAUAA